AUGUACGUGUUUAGCAUAGAUUGGGCGAUUAAUACUCCUCAUGCUGUGGUUUAUGGAGACCUCGAGCCCCCAGAAGCUGACAAAAAGUGCAAAACCCAGUUGCGAAAGCUUCUUGAUGCUGGAGUCUCAUACAUCGUUCAAAAGAUUUUCGUUCAAGGCAAAGCGGCUUUUAUUGAAACAGCGUCAGGGCCUGCCUCUGGAUUUGACUUUAUCGAUUCGUCUUUGGAGCAACUGGCAGGAACAGUGGCUAUCUCGAUGUGUGAUCUUGCUGAACCAGAAACUAUGGGACUUUUUGUAACUGUGACAAAAACAGCCAAGACACAGUUUCAGCUAAGUCUGGACUUGUGGGAGAUGACUGGCCAAUAUGUGCAGCAUGCUGGCUCCAUGCUAAGUUUAAUGCUGAGCGGUAGCGCUAGUAGCCUCCUAGAAGUAUUCCGAUGUGCACAAAGUGUUCCGCUCGCCGUAAUUUGCUGGAACAUAUCUUCCUACAUGGUCGAACCAGUGUGCUCUGCAAUUGCAAACAUCAAGUCGGCACUUAACGUGACUCUAGAUUUAAAUGAUCUAGUUAGCGAGCCAAUAUCCGAUUGGGGUUGGCUUGUGUACGCGGUGUGUUGUGGGUCCACACACAGCAAUGAAUGGAACUUGCGGGUUUCCAGCGCUUCCAUGACACAAAGAGAUUUGGAUGUGAUUGACCAUGGACAUCGUUUCUUCACAGUAGUGAAGACAUUGUCCUCGUGGCUACUACAGCAUGCCACUGCCGAGCAGCUCGCUAUACCUGUACUGGCACCACGACAAACAUGGCGCGUAUCGUCGUCCCAGGGCACGGUUUAUGCACAGUGA